GAUCGAUUUUUGGUCGUCGUUGUUCUCAAGAUCUGAGGUUUUCUGGAAUCUCAAAUCGGCGAUUUACAGAGAGAAGUGAGCUGGUGGAAAGAGGUGCCGGAGUAGAUGGCGAUCAUAUUUGCGUUGGUGGCUCGUGGAACGGUGGUGUUAUCGGAGUUUAGCGCUACUUCGACUAACGCUAGCUCAAUUGCGAAGCAGAUUUUGGAGAAGUUGCCUGGAAACGAUAACGAUAGCCAUAUGUCUUACUCUCAGGAUCGGUACAUCUUCCAUUUUCUGAUAUCUUCUUAUGUUGCUGCAGGGAAUAUUCCUUUUGCGUUUUUGGAUGAUAUUCAUCAGAGGUUUGUGAGAACGUAUGGCCGUGCGAUUCAUUCAGCUCAAGCUUAUUCCAUGAAUGAUGAAUUUUCAAGAGUUGUGAGUCAGCAGAUGGAAUACUAUUCCAAUGAUCCUAAUGCAGACAUGAUGAGCAUAAUUAAAGGUGAAAUGACUCAGGUUCGAAAUGUGAUGAUUGAGAAUAUUGAUAAAGUCUUGGAUAGAGGGGAGCGUUUGGAGUUGCUGGUUGAUAAAACCGAAAAUAUGCAAGGCAACACUUUUCGUUUCAGAAAGCAAGCUCGCCGUUACAGAACCAUUAUGUGGUGGAGGAAUGUCAAGCUUACGAUUGCUCUGAUACUUGUACUUGCAUUGGUUGUAUACAUCGCGAUGGCCUUUGUUUGCCAUGGGCCAAGUCUUCCUUCAUGUUUCAAGUAAGAAGACAGUAUAUUUAAUUUUUUCGUUUGCUGCAGGCACUGAGAUGUACUUUCGUUUGCUGAUGUACUUUGUAAACUUGAAUCAAAGUCUAUUUAUACUUUGUAAUAUACUAUUUGUAUUAUG